CGUCCAGGAGAGUUUAUAAUUCGCUGAAAGACUCAAGUAGAGUGCACUCGUCCGGCCUUACCUGUGUUUGUGUCAUCUCACUCCUUUUGCCUUUGUUGUUGUCUUUCUAGUUUAAAGAAGGAAAAUGAAGUUAACCUUAAUCGUUCUGGCGGCGAUCUGCGCGACCUCUUACGCCCAGAGUCUCUCGGAAUUGCAACAGCUGUUCGAGCAAGCCGUUGGAGGGCAGUCAGGCAGCGGCGGGUCGACUUCGGGGAACAGACCCAAUCGACCGAACAGACCAAACAGACCUUCGGGAGGUAGCUUUGGAGGCGGAUUCGGGCAACAAGGUGGAUUUGGUCAAAGUGGAUUCGGGCAACAAGGUGGAUUUGGCCAAGGUGGAUUUGGGCAGCAAGGUGGAUUUGGCCAAGGUGGAUUCGGACAACAAGGUGGAUUUGGCCAAGGUGGAUUUGGGCAACAAGGUGGAUUUGGCCAAAGUGGAUUCGGACAGCAGGGUGGAUUCGGGCAACAAGGUGGAUUUGGCCAAAGUGGAUUCGGACAACAAGGUGGAUUCGGACAGCAGGGUGGAUUCGGUCAACAAGGUGGUUUUGGCCAGGGUGGAUUCGGACAGCAGGGUGGAUUUGGCCAAGGUGGAUUUGGCCAAGGUGGAUUCGGACAAGGUGGCUUUGGUCAGGGUGGGCUUGGCCAAGGACAAGGAAACUGCAAAUUCUUCUGCAGGAGACCACAGGGAUAUGUGUGCUGCUAAAACGACAUGCAAACAAGAAAACGGAAGCAACUCGUAAGAUCUCUGUAUGGUGUUUGAUUUCAAUAAAUUUCUUAAAUAAACAAAA